UGGAUACCGGUAUUUGACUAGUAGAAGAGUGUUGCUGAUCCUUGUUGAGCAGAACGACAGAGGGAUCGACGAUUCUGGGAUUGCACACACAAAUGCUUCUUCUCUCAUGUUUCCGAUCACUUCUCUUCCACCAUUCCACCGUUCCAACUCCCAAAAGUAGCCGGUACAGAACCUCCUUUGCACAGACCUAAGCAGAGGGAGAAGGAAGAAGGUGAGAAGCAAAGCACAGCUGAGCACGAGAGAGAGAGAGAGAGAGAGAAAUGGAGAGGGACCGAGGGAGAUUCGGAGAGGGCGAUCCUAUAAAGUUGGUCAUUUGACCAGAAUCAGUUAUGUGAUCGUCGAUUUCAGAAUAGUACGGCCGUUAUCACUGCCGCCGUAACUUUACUGUUAUUCCUAUUUGUAUUCGUAUUCGUAUUCGUAUGGUACGGGUAUAUGUGACUAGUAUCAAGUAUUUCAUUGCAGAAAGGAGAGAAAAGCAUUUGUAUUAUACAUAUCUUCCAAAGGAAGUAACUGUAUUCUGCAUAUAUUCCUGUUUCUUUGUUUUCCUCUUCUCUGGUUAAUUUAGGGUAUACAAUGUGGAAGAACAAUGGGGCAAGAAGCCUCUGUUUUAAAACCUCAGGAAUCCAUUUCACCGACUCCUUCUCCUUCACCUUCUUCAUCUUCAAUUUCUUCAGCUUCAGCAGUUACUGCUGUUACUCCUGAGCCUGAUUCUACUGCUUCUGUUGUUCUUGUCCCAGUCCCUGUCCUUGAUAGUGUUUCUUCUACUGAGGAUGCGGCUGCGACUGUGGGAACUCUAAAAGAAAAGUUUCAAAAUCUAGGAUUAGAAGAUAAUAACAAACAUAAUGGCAACGAAAACGAUGAUCUUAAGGAGUAUAACCCGCAAGAGGGUCCUGGAAAAUUCCAAUAUCCCCAGAGACCUGAUGCGAUUGAUUGUGCCUAUUACCUUCGGACCGGAAUCUGUCGAUAUGGAGCAAAUUGCAGGUACAAUCAUCCUGCUAGAAGGAAAAACCAGAUACGUAGAUCGGCUUCGUCGGAAUCUGCCGAGGUUAUUAAAGAAAAGGAGAAGGCCGACCUUUCAGAGAAAAUGGGGCUGCAAGAAUACUACAAGGGACAAAGAUCGGUUUCGCCAGAGUCUGCUCAGGUUACUAUAGAAAAGGAGAAGACAGACCUUUCAGAGAUGACAGAGCAGCAAGAAUGCAAGGUCAUCAAAGAAAAGGAGAGGGCAGAUCUUUCAGAGAAAACAGAGCAGCAAGAAUGCAAGUAUUAUCUGCGGUCAGGAGGAUGUAAGUUCGGAAAAGCUUGUAGAUACAAUCAUUCACGGGGAAAAACUAUGCUACCACCACCACCGCCACCAGUAGAUUUUAACUUUCUUGGCUUGCCAAUCAGACCGGGGGAGAGAGAGUGCCCGUAUUAUAUGCGUACUGGUUCCUGCAAGUAUGGACCCAACUGCAGGUUUCAUCAUCCUGAUCCUACUGCUGUGGGAGGAGGUGAUAAUAAUACUCCUGGUUCUGCCUCCUCACAUCCUUCAGGUGCAUCACAGCCAGCUUCAACACCUUGGUCUUCUCAUUCAAAUGGGACAGUCCCUUUUAUAGAUGCUGUCACUCCUUAUGGGUCAAUGAUGCUUCCACCUCAAAGGGUGCAUCCAAAUCCUGAAUGGAAUGGAUAUCAGGUUCCAACUCGCCCCCCAGAAAGAAGCUUUCUCUCUCCUCCAUAUCUAGCUUUGAACAAUCCAACAGACAGUACAGAAGUCUUUAUGCAUAAUCAACAGCACAUGCUGGAUGAAUUCCCAGAGAGACCUGGCCAACCUGAGUGUAGUCACUUCAUGAAAACUGGGGACUGUAAAUAUAGAUCAGCAUGUAAGUUCAAUCAUCCAAAAAACGGGGUCCCAAAAGGGUCUGUAUUAAGAAGACCUGUAAGUUAAUUUAUAAAAAAUAUUGAUUUUUUCUUUGUAGUAGGAUCACUUUUCCAGAAUAUUAUAUUGUUGUAACAACAUGAGCUUCAUGUGUAUUCUUAUAUUAUAUCCUCUUUAAACCUUCUGUUA